UUUUUGCAACUCCCAAUACACAAACCGACCCUCUUUCCCUAUAUAAGCAGACACGAAGUAGAAAACUAGCUCAAAAAUAUCCUAAUCAAUUUUUAGAGUAAUUUGUACUAAAAAAUAAUCUUGAGAUCAAAUGGAGAAAGCAAUUGAGAGACAAAGAGUUCUUCUCCAACACCUUCGUCCUUCUCAAACUUCUUCUUCUUUGGAAAAUAUUGAAUCAUCCAUUGCUGCAUCUGUAUGCUCUGCUGGAGACAGUGCUGCUUACCAAAGGACCUCUGUCUUUGGAGAUGAUGUCGUCAUAGUCGCUGCAUAUAGGACUCCUCUUUGCAAAGCAAAGAGAGGAGGCUUCAAGGAUACUUAUCCUGAUGAUCUACUUGCUCCAGUUCUAAAGGCAUUGAUGGAAAAGACUAAUGUGAGCCCUAGUGAAAUUGGGGAUAUCGUUGUCGGCACCGUGUUGGCCCCAGGUUCUCAGAGAGCAAGCGAGUGCAGGAUGGCUGCGUUUUAUGCUGGUUUUCCUGAAACUGUGCCAGUUAGAACUGUAAACCGGCAAUGUUCAUCAGGCCUUCAAGCAGUUGCUGAUGUAGCUGCAGCUAUUAAAGCUGGAUUUUAUGACAUUGGUAUUGGUGCCGGAUUGGAGUCUAUGACCACAAACCCAAUGGCUUGGGAAGGAUCAGUCAACCCAAAAGUUAAGAUGAUGGCACAAGCUCAAGACUGUCUUCUUCCUAUGGGUAUUACUUCUGAGAAUGUAGCACAUCGUUUUGGUGUGACAAGGCAGGAACAAGACCAGGCUGCAGUUGAUUCGCAUCGUAAGGCUGCUGCAGCCUCUGCUUCCGGAAAAUUCAAAGAUGAAAUAAUUCCUGUACCCACAAAGAUUGUUGAUCCAAAAACCGGAGAUGAGACACCGGUAACGAUCUCUGUUGAUGAUGGUAUACGGCCAAAUGCCUCUGUUUCAGACUUGGCAAAGUUAAAGCCAGUGUUCAAGAAGAGUGGAACUACUACUGCUGGGAACUCUAGCCAAGUCACUGAUGGUGCUGGAGCUGUACUUCUUAUGAAAAGAAGUAUUGCAAUGCAAAAGGGACUUCCUAUCCUUGGUGUAUUCAGGACCUUUGCUGCCGUGGGUGUAGACCCUGCUAUUAUGGGAAUUGGCCCAGCUGUUGCAAUUCCUGCUGCUGUCAAGUCCGCAGGCCUUGAACUUGAAGAUAUUGAUCUCUUUGAGAUAAAUGAGGCAUUCGCAUCACAAUAUGUCUACUGCCGUAAGAAGCUGGAACUUGACCCAGAGAAGAUCAACGUUAACGGAGGGGCAAUGGCCCUUGGGCAUCCUUUGGGUGCUACAGGAGCACGAUGUGUUGCAACUCUGUUGCACGAGAUGAAACGUCGUGGAAAGGACUGCCGAUUCGGUGUGGUGUCCAUGUGCAUAGGCACUGGAAUGGGGGCAGCUGCUGUCUUUGAAAGAGGAGACUCCUGUGAUGAGCUAUGCAAUGCGCGAAAAAUUGGAAGCCACAAUCUUUUAUCUAAAGAUGCUCUAUAAACAGUAGGGAUGCACGAUAGUCGUUUCAUUUAAUAAUAUUUACAGAGAAGGAACAACAAUAAAUCAUAGUAAGCUUUGAGACAUUUUCUUGGAAAAAGAUAGGUUGUAAAAUUGCAUUGGUUUUGCAGUUGUCGGCUGGAUUGGCCUUGGUACUUUUGAGAAUUGCUUUGGUGUUUCAUGGUAUGCUUUAUAUGUUUUGUGUUCCAAUAUUCCGAAAGUCUAAUGUAUUGCUUUUCAGUAUUC